GGAGGAGAGGGGGAGAGAGUUAAGCAGUGAAUAGGAGGCAGAUCUAGCAUCGCCUUCGAUCCGAAUUGGAACGCUCGAGUGGCAAUUUCUCCUGCCCUUUUGCGAGAUCUCAUUUCCAUGGGCCACGCUCUUGUCGAUUCAUCGCGGCUUCGCAUGUUGUUCGAGCUUCGGGUGCUCGCGGAUUGAUUUUUUUCCCAGCUCCGUUGGACUCAGUAGCGUCUUCGUCGUACCGUCGGGUUCGAUCGAGUCUCGUCUUCUUGAUAUCGGGAUCGCUUGAUUUCGCGCGUGCUGUUUCAAGGCAAUCGAAUUCGACGGACACCCAGUUGGUUGAUCGAGCGAACCCCCCCAUUUUCUGGGAGGUUUCGACGAGGUCAGUUCUCUGGGCAUAUCUGCUAAGCUCGGGAUUCGGAGGACUCGCUCUUUUGUGUUGGAGAGGAUUUGUGCCGUGGUUUUCUCGGCUUUGGGGAUUAGGUUGAUUCAUGACCUAAUGUGGGGAUUGAGAGCUUUUUUCAUGAGGAUAUGAUUGGUGUACGGGAAGAGGUUGAGUCGCGUAUCUGCGAAGGCCGGUUUUAGUUGGAGGGUUCUUGCGAGGAAACAUGUUUUGGAGGGGACGCGAGAAGGAGGUCAAGGAGCAUAAUGGUGGACUGCCUUGUGGGCAGGUCCGGGUACUUGUUGUUGGCGAUUCAGGAGUGGGAAAAACAUCUCUCGUCCAUCUGAUCGUCAAAGGAUUUUCCAUUGCCCGUCCUGUCCAAACAAUUGGUUGCGCAGUUAGUUUGAAGCUUAUUUCUUAUGGAAACUCUGGUAGCUCUUCAACCAGCAGUAGUGGUGAUGCUGACAGAGAUUUUUUUGUUGAACUUUGGGACAUGUCAGGCCAUGAUCGUUACAAAGAUUGCAGAUCUCUUUUCUAUUCUCAGAUAAAUGGUGUUAUUUUUGUCCAUGAUCUCUCUCAAAGAAGGACGAAAUCAAGCUUGCAGAAAUGGGCAACUGAAAUAGCUGCAACUGGAACAUUCUCUGCUCCUCUAGGAUCUGGAGGUCCUUGUGGCCUUCCUGUUCCAUACCUUGUUAUUGGUAACAAAGCAGAUGUAGCUGCAAAAGAUGGUAUAAGAGGAAGCAGUGGUAAUCUUGUGGAUGCUGCUCGCCAGUGGGUUGAGAAGCAAGGUUUACUGCCAUCCAGUGAGGAACUUCCACUGACAGAGACAUUUCCAGGCAGUGGUGGACUCCUUGCGGCUGCCAAAGAAUCAAGAUAUGACAAGGAAGCUAUAGUGAAAUUCUUUCAGACGUUAAUCAGGAGAAGGUAUAUCUCAGAUGACUUGCCUUCAGCCAAUCCAUGGUCUGUCUCUCCAGUGCAGAGAACUUCCCAGCGUUUGGAUGAUGAUUUGAGCGAUGAUGAACAGUUUUACAAGAAUACGAGUGUGAACAGUGGUGCCUACAACUAUAACUCUCUCCCUCCUCUUCCGGCACAGCAUAAUCUUACACCACCUCCCACUUUAUAUCCUCAGCAGCCAGUUUUGGUAUCCGAGAACUAUACGUUUCCGAGAUUUUCAUACAGUAGUUCCUCUGAAUUCACCAGCACAGGCAGAUCAAAGCGUGCCGACAUCAACGUCUGAUAGUGUCCGCCUCUUGCAUCUUGGGACAUGAACAGAUCAUGCCUUGCUAUUGGAAAUGUGGCAUGAUUUCUUCAAUUUGUUUGCUUUGUUAUUUCGCUUGUAAUGGGGUUAAUAGAUUCUUUCUUUGUUGGGUAUUGUUGCCUUACGAGGUGUCCAGUACAGGUUUAGAGAGCAUGUAUGAUAUCUAGAUGAAUCGGGAAGUACAAAGCAUUUGUUGCAAUCAACUUGUCACACUAUUUUUCAACCUAAUAUAAGAAUCAUUCUUUCCCAGCAAAACAAA